AUGGUCCAUCCGUUAAAGUAUGUGUAUUAUUCCGUGAAAUCGAGGGACAAAAUCGUAUUUUUAGGUGAGUAUCUUCCUGUAAAACGACCACUGCAUGUACACUCCUCACAUAUCCAAAUUCACAGCUUGGCGGCCGCGCAUUCCGGGGCAGGUGAGGUGAAAGUCGCGCUCGCAGCCAUCGUAGCCAACCACUUGGUCAUGAACCUCAUGCUUGCCGUAGAAGGAGCAAUCGAAGCCGCGAGCCGAGUCGGGAACACCGAAACAAAGAGACCAGUUUUACUUGGAUCCGACGGCUAG